UGGAUUGGAUAGUGACAGUGACAUGUAGAAAUAGAAAUACUGAAAUACUAUAGCUGAAACAAGCUUAGCCCUAAUCCGAUCGAAUUGAGAUUUCAAUUUGUCAACAGAAAAACCUAAUGUCUCAUCGAGACUCUGAUUCCAAGCGUCGCCACUCCAAGUUCGAUCGAGAACCAAGUCCCAAGAGAUAUAGAAGGGAUGGUAAACAAGAAAGAGAAAGGGACAGGAACAGAGUAACCUCAGAUGGAGGAGAUCAGAGAAACCCACCACAUCAUUUUAGGCGUGAACCCUUCGAUGCUGCUCCCAAGAAAUCGAAUUCAAAUGAUCAUCAUGAGCAGCAGCCCAAACAUUCGUCUCAACCACCGAGAUCUCGCUCUUAUCACCAGCAUGAUGAACGGGGUAGUACUGGGCAGGUUGGUCGAAGCAAUGGUCAAAGGGAAGCUGGUGGAAAAGUCUUUACUCAGAGUAAAGAGAAUAAUGAAAGUCAAAGUAGAGAGCAAAGAGAUGAGAGAUCACCGGUGAAACUGGAUGACAGUUUACAGAAAAGAGAUGGUUUCACUGCAAGAAAAGAUGAUCCACCUACUAUGAGGAAAAGACGUGCAUUUAGGGAGAAGAAGAUCCCUGCGGAUUCAGCAGAUGCUAAUCCAGCUUCGAUAGUGGAAGUAAAGCCAAGCCAUACUGACCAUCCUCCGGAAAGGAAUGAAAGGAAGGAUGAAAGAAGCAGCAAUCCUCAUCAUCUGGAUAGACCUGAGAAGCAAAAUGCAGAGGGCAGAGCACCCAAUAAGAUUGAAGCUAGAAGGGAUGGUUUUUCAUCAAGAGCAAGGUAUGGGGGCAGUGGAGGCAAUAACAAUUACAGGGGAAGAGAUAAAUUUAAUGGAAAGCAAGGUUAUCGUCCUAUUAAGACACGAAUGGAGAAGUGGAAACAUGAUUUGUAUCAAGAGGUUAACAAGGAUCCUAUUCCAAAGAAUGAGGAUGACCAGAUUGCAAAGUUAGAAGCACUAUUGGCUUCAUAAUAUCAAACAAAAACAAGUAUUUGCUAAGCCUUUUUAUUUAUUUUAAAAAAAUCAACUCGUGGCUUGUCGGACAAUUUCCAGAGAUGAUUUUUACUUAAUUUACCAAUUUUGUGAUUUCUUUUCCUCUCUGGUUUACAUGUUUUAAGUUUUUUUGGCAUGAGUUAAAGAGUUACCGAAUUUGUUCA